CGGCCUGUGCGCAUCUACGCCGACGGCGUGUACGACCUCCUCCAUUACGGCCACAUGCUCCAACUGCGCCAGUGCAAGCUCAUGUUCCCCUCGGUGCACCUCCUCGUCGGCGUGUGCUCGUCGUCGCUCGUGCGCGCGCACAAGUCGCACCCGGUCCUGUCGUCGCAAGAGCGGUACGAGUCGGUGCGCCACGUGCGGUGGGUCGACGAGGUGGUCGAGAACGCGCCGUGGCAGGUCGACCAGGACUUUAUCGACAAGUGGCAGAUCGACUACAUUGCGCACGACGAGGAGCCGUACGCGAGCGCGGGCAAAGAGGACGUGUACGCCUACGCCAAGUCGAUCGGCGCGUUCCUCCCGACAAAGCGCACCAACGGCGUCUCGACCUCGGAGCUCCUGCAGCGCAUCGUCGAGGGAUACCGCGACGGCGAGUACGACGGCAAGCUGCGCAAGAUCGGCCACCCAGAGCUGUGCUCGCGCCAGGGCAGCGAGGUCGGGACGCAGUACGGCGGGGCGGCGCCCUGA